AUGACUACUUAUCAGCAAAGGAAUAGGGUAAAAGAGGAAUAUUCUCCCAUGAAUCUAUAUGUAAUCAGUGUCAAGAGUACGAAAUGGAAGCAUAUAAUGCUGAGCCGCGUGCACAUAGCUUUUCAUUUUCAGAAGAAGAAAAAUACCGAGUCCAGAGAAAUGAAAAUGAAGAGUGAUUCAGUGUUAUGCAUCGUAAUGAUGCUAAUGCUUGUUUUUGUUAAAGCUCAAAGUAGUUGCUAUUGUCAUGUUGAGUGUGCUCGCGGAUCUCAUGAAGAAAAAAGGUAUUUUGAUGCUGGAGGUGGUAAUACACAAUGCAAUUGCAUUUGUGUUCCUGAUACUGAUCAUUCACCACCACCAGAACAUAAACCGCCGCCGGCGAAUCCACCACCGUCCCAUAAAAACCCACCAACACCACCAGAUGCACCACAAAAACCUAAGAACCCACCACCAGCUGUACCACAAAACCCUAAGAAUCCACCACCAGCUGCACCACAAAACCCUAAAAAGCCACCACCGGCUGAUAAGUGCAAAUGCGCGCCACAGAAACCACCGAGCGUUGAUCCAGGUUCACCAUCUCAGCCGAUCCCACCAUCAACACAGCCACCACCGUCCGGUAAUCAUAAUUAUUUUAUGGUUAACUACGACACCUGCAUGGCGGCUAAUCUGAAUUUGGGUCCAUGCAUGAGAAUGAUUUAUGAAGACAAUUAUUUGCUGUUCGAUUGUUGCAGUGUGUUCGUGGAAAGCGAGGCUUGCUACAUGUUUCAGAGGAGAUUCAUGCUUUCUGAUUUUGUGAAUGGCAAAUGCAACACUUAUCUUGGCAUUCCAUAG